AAUUAUGGUGCUACGACUUGUGACACUUUCUCUGUGAAGAUGUCCUCCAUGGACCCUUUGCCGCCAGCCACCCCUCCCUCCCAGAAACCCACCCGCAUCAUCAAGCCACGCCCCCCCACCAGGCCUCGCCCUUAUUUGCCUCCGAGGCCAGACUCGAGCAAGCUAAGCCGGGGCCCCACGCCGCCUUUGCCGCCGGAGGGUUCCACGGCCGAGCUUACGAACGACGGAUACCGCAGGGUCGUCGAACCCCCUUGCAGCACCGAGCGGCAGCUCCAUAUCCUGCAGAAUUCAGGAGCUGUUCGGAAGAUCGUGGUGCGCUUUGACCACACAGGCCCGCAGAAGGAUGAGGCCGACAAGCCGGCUCGACCGAUUCUGAACGGCAGCCGAGCCCCUGUCUCUGUGGCUGAGAAUGGGGAAGGGGAGACAGCGGAGGAAAAAGAAGCUCAUGGCCAAUUGGAUCCUAGGGAUGGCACCUCGCUGUCCACGUCGGGUGCGGUGGAGCAGAAUGGGGUGGAAUCCCCAUUGUCCUGCCCCCCGGUCUGCCUCUGCGUCUGCCACCAACAACGGCCGGGCAUGGUCUUGAUGUGGGUCGCGGCGCAUUCUCUGCAAGCCAAGCAAGAGGACGGCGAGGAAGAGCCCGCUUCGGAUCUCUCGUCCUCGGCUGACGAGGGAGGACCGCUCUUCCACCACCGCCUGGUGCUCAACCCGCCACCUGCCAAACUGCCCACCAAGGGCUUCAGGGCCCCCAAAUCCCGCCGUUCUCCUCGGAGCAAGAAACCCCCCGACCCCCCGGCUUCUGCCAAUGGGCACGCUGAAGGCAGCGUGGUGCUGACUGGGUUUCGCUCCACUGCUGAGCCCCUCCCCCCACGUUGUCCCCUGUUGAUGCCAAAACCGCCCCGCCGCAGCAAGGGGGGGUCCCCUGCCUUUUUCGACAGCGAGCCCGUGCCCCCGGCCAUCCCGCCCAAAGCCCCGGUGAAGCCGCCCCGCAACUCCUUGGGGCCCCUGUCCUUUUCCCGCCGGGGUUCCCUGCAGUUCCCCCUCGAGUCCAACCACGUUCCCGACGGUGUUUUGCCGGUCUCUGCUGGAGAAGGCCUCCUCCUCCUCCCACCCCCCUCCCAGCCCCCACCGCCCCCACCUUCUUCCCAGGCAUCGCCGCCUCUACCGGGCCCUCAUCAGCAGCCUCACCCGCUCCCUCCCUGCCAGCUUCCUGCGACCCCGACUCCGCCUCCUCCAUCCCAGCCUCCUCCUUCUCUGCUGCCUCAGGGGCUGCCCCCGCCGCCAACUCAGCCCCCACCACCCUUGGAGAACCCGUCGCUGGAUGAACAUCCAUGUCAAGGUGACUGUGAAACAGAAUGCCCAACGCCAGGUGAAUCUGACAGAGGGACCCCAAAGGACAGACCUUCCUCGAUGCUGUCCCCUAAGGGCCCCGACUGGGGACUUUGCUUACAGGAUGAGCCCUUGUAUCAAACGUACCGCCAAGCUGUCAUCUCCAAGGAGAUCAAGAGGCAAACAAUCCCUCGCAAUAGCAGCUUCAGCAGCUCGGAUUAUGGGGCCCCGUCCCCCGGCGAAGCUCCUUCAGGGCCGCGCGGCCCCAUCCCUCACAGCACCUUGUGGCAGGAGCUGCCAGCCGUCCGGGAGAGCAGCCUUCUGGGAAACAUGAGCCCCGAGGAGCGAAAGAUGCAGGAGAGCCUUUUUGAGGUGGUGACGUCGGAAGCCUCCUACCUACGUUCGCUGACCCUGCUGAUCGAGCACUUCAUGGAGUCUCGGGAUCUGGCCACCACCAUCCUUCUGCGCGAGCACCGUAUCCUCUUCUCCAACAUCCACAAGGUCAAGGAGGUCAGCGAAAGAUUCCUGCAUGACUUGGAGGGCCGCCUUGCCGAGAGUCUGCAAAUUUCAGACGUCUGUGACAUUGUGGAAGAACACGCAAAACAGAGCUUCUCCGUCUACAUCGACUACGUCCGCAACCAGCUCUAUCAGGAGAAGACGUACAGCACCCUCAUGGAGAAGAACCCCCAGUUCGCUGUCGUCGUGACCCGUCUGCAGGAACUGCCCGAAUGUCAACGGCUCCCUUUCAUGUCCUUCUUGCUCCUUCCUUUCCAGAGGAUCACGCGGAUCAAGAUGCUCAUUGAGAACAUCCUGCGCCGGACGGAAGAAGGCUGCUUGCGUGAGCAGAACGCCAUGAAGGCUUUAGCCUCAGUGUCCAAGAUAAUAGAGGAAUGCAACUCGGAGGUGGGACGCAUGCGGCACAUGGAGGAGCUGAUCCACAUUGCCAGCAAGAUUGAGUUCGACAAGCUUAAGGCUGUUCCCAUCAUCUCUCAGAGCCGGCAGCUGCUGAAGCGGGGCGAGCUGUUGGAGGUGGUGCAUCGGGGCACCAUCUUUGGCAACAAGCCCAAACUGGUCCCCAUUUACCUCUUCCUCUUCAACGACCUGCUCCUCAUCACCCAGCGGAAGAGUUCCGAACGCUUUGUCGUACUGGACUACGCCCACCGCUCACUAGUUCAGGCCCAGGGCUGUGGGGAAACUCCUGCAAUCAACAGUUCUGAAAACAGCUUCUACCUGACCCUGCUGGAGAACCACCAAGGCCGGAGUAUCGACCGCCUCUGCCGCGCCCCGACCCAAUCAGACAUGCAUCGCUGGAUGGGUGCCUUCCCCUGCCACGAAUCCCAGCCCAACGGCAAGCAAGAAACCAUCUAUGAGGACUGGGACUGCCCCCAGGUCCAGUGCGUUGAGGCUUACGUGGCAGUCCAGGCUGAUGAAUUAAGCCUAGAACCCACCGACAUUGUCAAUGUUCUUCGCAAGACCAAUGAGGGUUGGUAUGAAGGUCUCCGUUUAGCUGACGGCAAGAAGGGCUGGUUCCCCUCGCGCUACGUGCAAGAGAUCACGAACGAGCACGUGCGGCGGCGUAAUCUGCGCGAGCGGUACCGCGUCCUGCAGGCCGCACGCCAGCUUCAGCUGAUCCGCAACAGCAUCGGCAAAGGUGGAAAGAGACAGUCAAGCAUCUCCAACUCUACUGCACUGCACAUGGAACUCCGAAUGGCUCUGUUGUCCCCAAGAACUAGUCCAGACUCCUUAGACGCUGCCUCGUGCGGGAAGGAUCUCAGUGCUCAAGAGUGAAGAGGUGCUUCCUGACUGGGUCACUGGGACGUGGAACUGUGGGACAGACCCAAUCUAACUAAGCUGCUUGGGUGGGGGGGUAUAAAAAUUAUCCCUGGUGCGACGUUAUCCCCAGGCUUGGACUAUAGAGGUAAGACAACACCAAAGUGGAACAGCCUCGGUUUGUCUCAUUUCCUUGGUGCAGGAAACUUCGGCUCGUUUUAUCUACUGUGUUGGGCGGGGGGGGGGGGGGAAGGACUGACACACUUAUGAAGCAGACAGGUACACAUCUGGAUUGGGUUCACGUGCCCUCGUUUCCCCCAAUAGUAUAUCCAGGGGUGGAUCUUCAGUUAAAGCAGCCGAAUUCAGUGGGUGCUACAGUGUGACUGAGACUGUCAGGGUCAGAUCCAGCCAAGGCAGUGAUCCCGGGGCGAUCCCACACCUUGUUGUCAUUGUCACUGGCCAGGCAGGUCCUGCGUGAGCCUCAUUCACCAGGGCUUCUGUCACUGUCCAGUGAGUUAGCCGACCGGUCCAUCUGCAAAUGCAUCUGCCAAACGCGAGAGAUCAGUGUUUUGUACAGACCUGUGCGAUUCCCCCGCCCCCUUUUUUUUACACAGGUCGAAUCAAGCAGCUGCACUCAGUACUUUCCAACAUGUGCUCCCCGAGAGAUGCAAAGCGCAAUUAGAGUGUGCGCACUUGCGCAGUCCAUGCUACAUGCACCAAGCUGUGAGCUAGAGGCUGUUCGCUGGCUCUCGGGAUUCCUGGCCCUGCUUCUUGAGGGUGCUCUUAACUGCUUUGUGCACGGUGUCCUUUUCUCUCGGUCCCUGUUAUCAAUCUAUUUUGUAUUUGGCCAAUACAGGAUCUGCACUGUGACUGUCUACGGCUGGGCCCUAAUUUGCUGCCAUCUCUGCCUGUAUUUCAAGGGCUCUUCCUGCCGUUUGCUCAAGGCCCUGUCUACCUCAGUGGGGACGCAGCGUUCCAACUUGUGACUCCCCCCUGCCUUUAGCCCCCGAUGCCCCAAAAGGGUCGCUGACUCGGUCCAGAUGUGGAACCCGGAGCGUGCAUUCUUUCCCCUCUGGAUUCUGGCCCACUGCUGCCAAACGGAUUCCCCCCUGCCCCCCCCCAACAUUAGCCUGGGUGGGACAGCCCAAUAUCUUUGCAGCUAAGGAGUUCCCCUCUGUCCCUCUCCUGCGCGCACGGACCAAUUUGUAUUUAUUAGGAUAAUGCGAUCUGAACUCCUCACGUGCAGAAAGGGAAUUCUGCCACCACCCCCGUGAACACUCCAGAGCUCUGGUAGCCGCUGAAAGGGGGGGGUGUUUAAUUUAUUCUGUAUGAUAUUUUGCCUGGAUUGUCAUGUCUUUUUGUUUUGAUAGAGGGGGAAAACCCCACCAAUGGCUUGUUUAAAAAAAUAUAUAAGAUGACGGAA